AGUUAUAACCUUGAAAGCAGUGUUGUUACUUAUGUUUGUUGUGUUGAUAUAUUUUUAUUUCGUAAUCAUAAUAGUUAAUACGUAAUUAUAAUUUUUUAAUUGUUUAAAUAAUGUUUUAUUAAUAAUAACCAAAAAAAAUGUUAUUUUCGUGUUCAAUUUGUUGCUCUGAAUUGGCAAAUUCACAAUAUGAAAUAUCAGCAACACCAUGUCAUCAUGUUUUUCAUGAAGAAUGUCUUAAUCAAUGGCUUGCCAAAUCAGAAACAUGUCCACAAUGUCGAAAAAGAUUUCAUCGUCAAAGACCAAGUCGUCUUUUUUUGACAACUAUGAAUGAUGAUGGAUGUCUUGAAACACCAUCACAAUUGCAAGAUAAAAUAAGAGAUUUAGAGUAUAAAUCAGGACUAAAAAAUGAAGAAUUGGAAGCAUAUCGAAAUGAGAAUCAGAAAUAUAAAACACGAUCAGAAGAAUUACGAAAAGAUGUUGGACGUUUAGAAAGCAGAGAGGGUGAACAUAAAGCAGCAAUUAUAGCAUUGCAAAAUCAAUUGAAGCUUAAAAAUGGUGAUUUGUCAGAAGCAAAUAAAUACAAAGAUGAAGUUAAAGCAUUGAAAAAUAAAAUUUUACUAUAUAAAACAAUUCAACAACUUUUAUCAUCAGGUGUUGAGGAAAUCAAUAAAAUUUUAGCAAACACAUCAGACACACAUUCAAUGUCUACUUAUAUUUUUGUUUUAAAAAAACAACUUGAUCUUUGUAUAUCUCAACGAAAAGAUCUUAAAAAUAAAAUUCAAGAACUAACACAAGAUUACAGAAAAAUUAAACGUGAACGUGAUACAUUGGCUAGCCAAUUGAAAAAUUUAACACCACUCGACAAAGAUGAUGUUGAUGAUGAUGAUGUUGGACUUGUUCGAAAACCAUCUUCAUUGAAGAAAAAAAUUGAUAAAUCCAAGACAAUAUUAUUAAAUGAUUCAGAAGAUGAAGAAGAAGAAGAAAAGAAUGUUUUUGUUAAAAAUCCCAUGAUUGUUGCUAAACAAAAUAUCACGAUAAGUGAUUCUGAAGAUGAAGAAAAUUCACAAGUUUUUCGAUUAAUGGGUGAAAGAAAAAAAAUUCCACGUUCAUCAACAAUAAUAUCUCCAGAUUCAAUUUUACGAAAAAGAAAACGUUUAUCACAACAAAGUACAGUUAAUCACACUAGUACACAUGAUGAUCGUUACACACCAAAUGGUAUUGGAGGAUUUAAACGUGUUGAUACAUUUCCAGUAUCAUCAUCAACUGGUUUAAAAAGUAAAGUUGUUCUUCCAAAACGACUCAAAAAAUUUUAAUAUACAUUCAAAUGCAUAUUAGAAAUUACUACUUAAUUUUAUUAUUCUAUUAAAUAUAAUUACGAAUUACGAAUGAUUGAAAAGAAAAAUAUUGACAAAUUACAGCUAAUCACAUUUUUAAUAAGCAUACUUAUUUAAUAAUAACAAUAAUAUAAAUUCAUCACCUAAAAAAAAAAUUACAAAUUAACAUGAAAGAGGAAAAAAAAAAAAAUAAAUAAAGAAAAAAAAGACGAUCAAAAUUGAUAAAUACUUUUUCUUUCAAUCUAUGUCACCAUAAUAAAAUUAAUUUUUCGAAAUUCACACGUAUAAUGGAAAAUUUAUGGCUUCAUCAAAGUGAUAAUAAAACUGAUAAUUAUAGAAAUCAUCAAAUAAUUGAUUAUUCGAAAAAAAUAAGAUGUUACAAUAAACAAUUUUCAUCACCAGUUGAUAUUUUAUCAAUCAAUCGUAAAGAUGUCGAUGAAAUUGAUAAUUUUUACAAUGUAAGUUGAUGAGCCAUUUGGGUGGUCAUUUAAUUAUUAUAAAAUUAUUGAGGUGAUAUUUAGAUGGUAAUAUUUAUAAUUAGUGUAAAAUUCAAAAAAAAAAAAAAAAAAAAAAUAUUGUUUGUAGUGAGUUGAUAAAUAAAAUCGUUUUCUAAAAAAAAAAAAAAA